GAAUAUUGCAUUGAAAAUACAGUGUUGAAAGUUGAACACAGAUUUUCAAAAACAUUUCAUGAAAUCCAUUUCAACAGAAUCUCUGCUACUACCUGGAAACUAAUCCACUUCAGAUGAGCUGGAUAUAGUGUUCUUGUUCACUGAAUUUUUUAUGAAUAGUCCUAUAUCUUUCCAGAGGGGGAUGGUGAAAUUUCCCUAUUUUCCUAUACACGUACACGUGUUUUUCUUUCUUUCUUUCUUUUAGCUCCAUUACACCCUCUCUUCCCGAAAUGGAAUCUUUUUUUAAAGCAGCUCCAGGAUAUACUACUUCUCUGAAUAUUGAGUAAUAAAAAAAAAUGGAACACGGAAUAUGACAAAGACUCCCUUGAUGAACAAGUGUAAAUACAUUUAGAUAUUUUUCGGAAGUUUGAACUCAUGAACUUCUAGCAUUAAGGGUUUGAACUGAAGAAUAAAGAAGUUAUUGCCUUCUUUAACGAAUGCUUUGGAUUUUAUAAAAGAAAACGUUGUUUCUUUUUUCCCUUUAUAAUGGUGAAUUGCGUCAAUUUAUGACGUCAUCUCGUUAAAAAUGAUGGAAAGUGAUUCAAGCGCUUAAUUUCCAACUGCCUAGAUGUUCCGAUUCUAAGAAUGAAGAAUCUCGUUAUUUUUAGUAGAUUUUAUUUAGAGCUAAAAAUAUAUGAUUAACAUUUGGACUCUAUUUUGUGUAAUAUUCUUUUUCUCUGUAAGAAGCCGGUAUAUUACGGUACUGAUUCAGAUGCUCCAGAAAUAAUGGUGUUAUUUACUUUCAGAUAUUAGAUAUAAUAUUUUUAGAAUUUCUUGGGUCCUCAAUUAUCUAUAUUUAAAAAAUAUUGAGAUGACAAAAAUAUAACUUAGUGUUAAGUUAUCAAAAGUGAAUUGAUUUCAAUUUUAAUUUUAAUGACGAAUUUCUAAUAUUAAAACGACUUAAAAUAGGCAUUGUUCUCGAAUAAAAGAAGAGAAACGUCCAAAGAGUAUUGAUAUGAUUAUAUAGCGACGAGAUAUAAUAACUAUAAUUAAUUUUAUAUAUAUGAGACACGAAAUCAAGCUAGUAUUCUACCUAGGGUUGUUUUAUAGACUAAUUUGUACCUUAUGAGCAUGGUAAAAAUAAAAACAGCAGAUCUGAGUAGAGUUUUCUUUUAAUCAGUUUUCAUCAAUUUUCAAUACACUUUAUAGUGUCUUCAUCUAUCAUAAGACCUAAAAAUAAGAGAGUAAGAAUAUUUUAUAUUAUCGCAAUCUAAAUAUAUAGCCCAAAUUGAAACUAUUGCUGGGAUUCAUAAAAAUAUGCAGCUGCCUAUAUAUUUUCCGUGAAAAAAACAAUGAAAUCAAUCUUUUUUUUUUUGUUCCUUGUUUGAACUACUAGCUAAAAAAAUUACUAGCACAUCCUCCUAGACCCGCGGUAACUCAGCAGAUAGUCCGUCACAAGGGAUAGUUUGUGUUAAUGCUUGAUUCAGUAGUUCCCUUGUCUUCUGGGUUGGAUUCAAAACUACAAAUAAAUGCAGUUAAACAUUCACAGUCGGAAAUGCAUAUUUGGUCUGCAGUUCAAUACCGGUUACAAAAUAAAAUAAAAUAAAAUAAGAUAAAAUAAAAUAAAAAAAGCACAUUCUCGCAAAAUAAGAGAAGAAAAAAGUGUCGACCUGUUUAGUGGAUUUUGAAGUAUAAUUAAUGAUAGACUAAAUGUAUUUUUGAAGAAAAAAAUUGCCAACAAUAAUAAUAUGGAUCUUAGUAGGCGGUAGUUUAAAAAUUUUUUGAUUUCCGAAAAGAAAAUUAGGCAUAUAUUUUUUCCGUCUUAACUGACCUGCGAUAAAAGACCCAUUUCGGACUUCAAAAGCAAUUAAUAGUUUAAAAUAAUUAAACUAAACUAUUCGCGAUUUAUGUGGAGUUUAUAGUUCAUUAAAGAAUUAAGAUUUUUGUAAUCACUUUAAAAGGCAUACAAUCCUUUCAUUCAUUUUAUAAAUUCCUAAAUAAAAAUCUUAAAUAUCGUCUAAGUGCUCUAAAAGUAAACAGCAUUCAGACAUUUGUCAGAUUUAAGUGUGAAGAAUGUUUAUGGUAGCUUAUCUUCAUAGAUAAGAGAUAAAAGAUCGAGUAAACACAUUUCCUGUUUCUGUUGUGUGAACAACGUGCGCAUUGCUAAACUACGGAAUACACAAGAUAUUUCUUUUUUUUACCCAAGGAGCCAAGCCUGAGCAGAAGCUAGGGCGGCCCUAGGCCCCAGGCUCAGAGGCCCCAAUGACUCGUUCAUCGAUGGAUGUGCGGCACCUGAACAAACGGCUGAGCAAGAGACUGAAAGCAAAAGCUGCUGUGAAUAGGGCUGCACUCAGCAAACAACUUUUCCAGAGCAUUUUGGCCAAAUCUUUGCUCAAAGGCAGAGGCUUGGCCAUUCGAACUUCAAAUCAUCUACCAUUGCCACUUCCUUGGCUUGCAUUACUGAUGCACCAUCCAAUACAGAUGAAGCCAGCAGACAGUGAGAAUCGAAACGAACGCAAACUUUUUAUUGGCAUGUUGUCAAAAAAAUGUACUGAAAAUGACGUCCGUAUAAUGUUUUCUUCAUUUGGAAGCAUCGAAGAAUGUACAGUAUUGAGAGACACUAACGGACAGAGUAAAGGAUGUGCAUUUGUCACUUACGGCUCCAGGCAAUGCGCCAUCAAUGCCAUAAAAUCCAUGAACCAUUCUCAAACAAUGGAGGGUUGCAACAGUCCACUUGUUGUAAAAUUUGCAGACACCCAGAAAGACAAGGACCAAAAAAGACAUUAUCAGCUGAUGGCAAAUCUUAUGAAUAUGGCUAAUAUAGCUAAUUUAGCUGCAGUUAAUCCCCAGUAUUUAACGGUUAACGAAGCUGCAUCACAAACAGGAUUUGGUGCAUUUGCUAAUGUCCCUCAGGUUUCUAGUGGUCUUAGUUCCCUCAGCUUGCCACAACAAAUAGCUGCUUUAGCUGCUGCUCAAGCAUCUGCAAAUACUGGCAGUACAGGUCUUAAUUCACUUAAUUUGCAAAGUUUAACAGGACAGACAGUAAGUCCAAGCAUUGGCUUGUCUAGUCCUGGGAGUAAUACUUCAGACCUUAAUACAGCUAGCUUACAGAGUAUUGCUGCUUUAGCAAGCUUAACAAGCUCCUCUGGUCUGUCUCCAGUUUUAGUUCAAAACCUUGCUGCACUAGCUGCUGCUGGAAAUACUUCUAAUUCCUCCGGUCUUAGCUUACCCACCCAUGGAAAUAAUUCCAAUACAAAUUCUUCUUUAAGUGGAAUAAAUUCUUUGAGCCCUGUUACAAGUAUGGCACUAGGAAUAACAAACUCAUCACUAAGCAGUUUAUCUGCAGUGAAUGGAAUUGGUGGAAAAACUGCUUUGACAACUAAUGGAGCUUCUUUAGAUGCUUUGACACAAGCAUAUUCUGGCUUGCAACCUUAUUCUGCUUUACCAUUUGCACAAUUAGGUCUUCAAACUCCGAAUCCUGCUGGAAAACAAAUUGAAGGUCCAGAGGGAGCAAAUUUGUUUAUAUACCAUUUACCACAAGAGUUUAAUGAUACUGAUUUAGCCCAAACUUUUAUGCCAUUUGGUAAUGUCAUUUCCGCCAAAGUUUUUAUUGACAAACAGACCAAUCUUAGCAAAUGCUUUGGAUUUGUUAGUUACGACAAUCCAAGUAGUGCACAAACUGCAAUCCAGGCAAUGAAUGGAUUCCAAAUUGGAAUGAAACGUCUAAAGGUUCAACUUAAAAGAUCAAAAGAUGCAAGCAAGCCAUACUAAUCUAGAAUCGACUAAUAUUGCCUGUACAUUUGAUGAAUGCCUCUAUGGUGAAUAAUACGUGCCCUGUGUUCUCCCACUACUGUGGUUUACAUCCAUCUCCCUGUCCUUCUACCACAUGUUAUGUCUCUUUUGACCCUUGUGGUCCAAUGGCUCAGCAACGACUAUAUUUGUUCACUUUGGAUAAUAUUAAACAGACGAACUGCUUUGUUACUGCAGCUGUGUUUUGUAAUCAUAUACUGUGUGAAAAAUUAUAAAAGAACAAAAGCUUAAUAUUUUGCAGAGCAUAAUUGUUCAUAACCGUCCCUUGUACAGAGCUUGGCAUGUCAGAUUGGUGUGUUUAGUAUAAUUGAAUUAUGUUCUUUGGAUCUUUUCUAAUUAUGUUUAUAGUAUUGGAAUUGUUUGUGUAUGUGUUCCUGAUUCUUAAUAUUUCUUUUGAAAAUGUCAUAUUAAUGAUUUCGUUUAAUUUGCCAGUAUUGUGUAACUUUCUUUAUUACUUCUUGUAUUGUUGUCAUUUGUCAUUUCUAUAUUUAAAUGCUCUACUUGUUACAAAUCUGGGGUGCUGUUAUAUAAACUACAAUGUGUUAGCAAUUUAUCAGUAAGCACACCAAACAUUAGGCAUUAAAUUAAUUAAACUAUCAAAUUUAAGAUAUGGUUUAAAAUUUUAAAAUAAGAGUUUUCCAAAAUGUUUUUCCAUUUACCUGUCUUGUGCACUGAAUUCCACAUUCGGUCCGUAAACUGAAUUCAGUCCUGGAAAAACAAGAUGAGUGUAAUAUAUUAUAAUGAAUAGAUUAUGUAUAAAUAUACCUGACAUACAUAACACAGUACUUGUAAAGACAUUUAAAAAAAAACUCUAAUUGCCUUACAUGUUUAACAUGAAGAAUGUAAUCCUAAUUUUGAAAGGUCGGAAAUCUGUAUGUAACUUUUGUCAUUUUCACACAGUUUUGUGUCUUACUAGUUUUUUAGCAUCACCGUUUACGUAUUCUAUAAAGAAAGUUUGUCAAAGUGGCCAGCAUUUCAAAGUCUAAACCAUUCUUGGUGAAGACCUUUUUGCAACUUGUAACGGUUCAAUGCACAAAUGUUGUAUAAAUUACACAUAAAACAUACAUCUUGAUUUAAAAAAAUUUCAUACUAUAUAUGAGAUGCUCAAAACUUGUAUAAUUGAAUAUAACAUCAAUAUUUUAUUUGUGUUUUUCAUAAUUCAUGUGCACUAUUCACUUUGUCUGUGCCAAAGUAAAGAAAACUUGUAUGUGUAGAUGGUUGGGAAGUUGGCUACUUUGACCUUAAGUAAUCCUGCUGUUACUGUGUUAUGUUUUCAAUUGAAUGUUUUCUGUGUGUAAAAAUCUUUUUUAUCACAUUUAAAAAUUUUGAGCUUGAAAAUUUUAAUAUUUUCUGGAGAUUUUAUUAACGAUAUGCCAAGAGCUAAUCCUUGAAUAUAAGUCUAUUCAUUUUCUCUUAAAUGUGAUAUUUGCCAUUUCUUAGGGAAGGGAGUAAAGUAUUAUUGUCAAAUUUUCUGGUCUAAUUUCAAAGACAAUAUACUAACACUUUCACAAAACGAUAGAUAGUUCUGCACUUUCUCCUUUGAUAAUAAUAAAUUUUGCAUAACCAAGAGUACUUGCUCCUAAUUUCUAAAAUUAACUAAGGUGCUUUGUAUAGGUAAAUGGAAGUAUGAGCGAGAUACUCUCUCAGCGACCUUUUUUAUUUAUUUUUACUUACAUCCUUUAUUCCUCUAUUUCAAAAUAUGGUUCGUAUUUUUACUAAAAAAAUUGAAACCUUAACUGCUCAAGGAAGCAAAAGUAUUAAAGAUAAUGCGAAAAUCCUAGAAAAGCAUUAACGAGUCUA